GCGGGGCGGUGCGCCAGUGCGAAUGCGCGGCGUUUUGGCUCGUUCCCCUGCAGCGGCGGAUAAUAACAGCAAGCCCCAUCAUGUUGCUGUGCAGUGUCAAUGCAGCUGCAAGAAGAGCUUCAUGCUGCGCAAUGGGGGAGCUGCAAUAUUAAAAGGGGGACCACAGGCGACCAAAGUAUAUCGACUUAGUAACCUAUUACUAGAAGUUCUAGCCACGGAUUUGCCGCUGGAUUCUUAGCAGCCAUCUCCCGGAGAGCCUGCAUCGCCUCCCUUCCUUCCCUCUACUGCAUGGAUAUGUCUUUGGUGCCAGUGAAAAUGUGCUGUUUACUUGCAAUGGAUAUUUUGUUAUGAGGACAACUAUAGGCUAAGGCUACAGUAAUCUUCUCUUACCUGGAGCAGCAUGGCAGGUUUCAAGCGUGGAUAUGAUGGGAAAAUAGCUGGACUUUAUGAUCUUGAUAAAACCUUGGGCAGAGGACACUUUGCUGUGGUCAAGCUUGCCCGCCAUGUCUUCACUGGUGAGAAGGUAGCUGUUAAAGUAAUUGACAAGACCAAAUUAGACUCUUUGGCAACAGGACACCUUUUUCAAGAAGUUAGAUGUAUGAAACUCGUACAGCACCCUAACAUAGUCCGUCUGUAUGAAGUCAUCGAUACACAGACCAAAUUAUAUCUCAUUCUGGAACUUGGUGAUGGAGGUGAUAUGUAUGACUACAUAAUGAAGCAUGAAGAAGGUCUUAGUGAGGAACUGGCCAAGAAGUACUUUGCCCAAAUAGUUCAUGCAAUAUCGUACUGCCACAAGCUGCACGUGGUGCACAGGGAUCUAAAGCCAGAGAAUGUGGUCUUCUUCGAAAAGCAGGGGCUUGUAAAAUUAACAGAUUUUGGCUUCAGCAACAAGUUCCAGCCUGGGAAAAAGCUGACAACAAGCUGUGGAUCAUUGGCUUAUUCUGCUCCAGAGAUUUUGCUUGGAGAUGAAUACGAUGCUCCUGCAGUGGAUAUUUGGAGCCUUGGCGUAAUCCUUUUCAUGUUAGUAUGUGGAACUCCACCAUUCCAAGAAGCAAAUGACAGUGAAACACUGACCAUGAUAAUGGAUUGCAAAUACACAGUCCCUAAACAUGUAUCAAAAGACUGCAAAGAUCUCAUCACUCGCAUGCUACAGAGAGAUCCUAAACGAAGGGCAUCUUUGGAAGAGAUUGAAAACCAUCCAUGGCUUCAAGGAGUUGAUCCAUCUCCAGCCACAAAAUAUAACAUCCCACUUGUUUCCUACAAAAACCUGUCUGAGGAAGAACAUAACAGCAUCAUACAGAGAAUGGUCCUGGGAGACAUUGCCGACAGAGAUGCAAUUGUGGAUGCCUUGGAAACAAACAAAUACAACCACAUCACAGCCACUUAUUUCCUUCUGGCUGAAAGAAUUCUGCGGGAGAAGCAAGAGAAAGAGACACAGACCAGAUCGGCCAGUCCCAGUAACAUCAAGGCUCAGUUCAGGCAGUCUUGGCCAACAAAGAUUGAUGUACCACAGGACUUAGAAGAUGAUUUAACUGCUUCUCCUAUAGCCCAUGUUGCUGUCCAACCGACUCCAGCUCGGAGUACAGAGAAUGUUUUGAAUGGACACAGAAACAAAGGCUUUAUGGAGCCUCUAAAGAAGGAGGAUGUCCCUGAUUUCUCUAGCCCUGCUGUAUCUGGGCUGCCUCCUGUGAACCUGAAUCCAACAACAAGUGGAAGGAAAUGUCUCUUUAGGGUGGAGGAGGAUGAAGAGGAAGACGAAGAAGAUAAGAAACCUAUCCCUCUCUCUACACAAGUUGUCCUUCGGCGCAAACCUUCUGUUACAAACCGCCUUACCUCAAGAAAGAGCGCUCCGGUGCUCAACCAGAUCUUUGAGGAAGGAGAAUCAGAUGAUGAGUUUGAUAUGGAUGAAAAUCUUCCCCCGAAACUGAGCAGAUUAAAAAUGAAUAUUGCAUCGCCUGGGACUGUGCACAAGAGAUAUCAUCGAAGGAAAAGCCAAGGGCGAGGAUCCAGCUGCAGUAGCUCCGAAACUAGCGAUGACGAUUCUGAGAGCAGGCGCAGGCUGGAUAAAGAUAGCGGAUUCACCUAUUCCUGGCAUAGACGUGAUAGCAGUGAAGGCCCCCCUGGCAAUCAAGGUGACGGUGGAGGGCAAAGCAAACCAAGCAACGGAAGCGCUGGUGUUGACAAAACAAACCCAAGUGAUAACAAAGGCGGUGGAAGUCCCUCUAACACAUCAGGUGGCAACACCAACAACCAGUCUGGAAACACCCGCAACUGCACCGGAUCUGGAAAUUCUGUACAGCAGUCGCCCAGAAGUGCCGGAGAGUUGGUGGAAAGUCUAAAACUAAUGAGCCUCUGUUUGGGCACACAGCUACAUAACGGAGCUAAGUAUAUCAUUGACCCUCAGAAUAAUCUAUCUUUUUCUAGUGUUAAAGUCCAGGAGAAAUCCAGUUGGAAGAUGUGCAUCAGCUCUAACGGCAUCGCCAGUAAAACUGCGCCUGCAGGAAGUGUAAAAUUAUUCUCUGACCAAAUGUCGGACACCGUUAAAGACAAAGAACUUCUAAAGAACAAGAACUUUAGAAAUAAUGUGUUACAGCUACCUCUUUGUGAAAAAACGAUAUCUGUGAAUAUCCAGCGAACGCCCAAGGAGGGACUUCUAUGUACCGCUAGCCAGACCAGCUGCUGCCAUGUCAUUUAAAGCUGGUUUGCCACCAUUGUUUAUCUUGAUGGCUGUGAAUACUUCCUUUGUGUUUAUUCCAUUUUGUUGUCUUAAGUUUUUCCACCCUCACCUUUCUUUUAAGUGAACUUUUUGGCAAUUAUUUAUUACCAUUUUAGUUUGUGUUUGCCAUAUAGGACAGUGGUGCAUUUUAUUUGUGCAUGUGCUAGGGAAGAAUUCACUCUUCAGCUCAUCUAGAAUGUUUUAUUGUGUAAAUUCUGUGUUUUUAAUAGAAAAAAAGUCAAUUUGGCUUCUCAUUGAGCAGUACCUAGGGCAUACUUUGUGAAGAGCACUUAGAAGUCUCAUGUUUAGCACUUAUAAAGAGAAAUCCUUGUUGUUUUCUCACAUUCUCUUGAUUCCAGUCCUGAGUUCUCUUAUUUUGAUGUUCCUAAGUGUGUCUGUGAUAGAACCAAAGCAAUAAUGUUUUUAUGUUGGCAUCAUCCCAAGGGGCUUUCUGAUAUCACAAGCUCUUCUCUGCAUUAGAUGCAGUGUUUCAGAGCGGCCUGUCUCACAGCAGUGUUUAAGCUCGCCUAGAAUGCCUCUCAAUUCCUACAGUAGUGACAAUCCUUUCUCCCUUUGAUGUGAUAGUUACAUCUUUGGACUUUAUUCUUUAGAGAGAUCGAUGACAAAAUGUAUUACUUGGCUUAUAUUUUCCAUUGUCCAUACAAUUCUGUUCCUUCCUCCCAAACCUUGUGUUGCCGCCUGUUGGUCAGACUGAACCACAUCUACCUGUGCUGUUUACAUUGUUGCUUUCCAGAUUCCUUAGUACUUGUAUGUGUGAAGAUCAAGCUCCGAUAUUUUAUCUUGUACCAUAAGAAAGUGACAUUUCUAUAUUCAAGAAAAUUGCAUAUGUAUAAUAAAGUCACCUGACCUUGUUAGAAACAUUUAGCAUAUACUACUAUAUCUCUGGAUCGCAUGUAAGCUAACAAAGCGCAGUGUAUGCAUUUCAGAGGCAAUUUGGGGAUAUUCCCAUUGCUGGUGUCCAGUAUGUAUUUUCACUCGACAAGUCAUGGUUGUAUAUCUGCCAAUAUGGCUGGGUGUUUGUCUUUGUUUGAAGAACAAUUCCUGCUACAGAUCCCACCGUUCUUCUUUGCGUCUUCGUUUACUGCCGAGAGGGUGAAACAAAUAAGCUGUAUCUUCUAACUGUACGUUUUGACCAAACCAUUGCUUACCCUUUAGUUUUGAGUUUAUCCACUUCCUUUGUAGCAUUCAGAUGUGCCAAAUAAAAACAGGUGCACCCUCAGCAACAAUAAAAACUGAACUUCUAGCUAAUUACUAUCUGGUUUUGUGUUCUGCCACUGAGCAUUUGUAAAAAAAAAAAAGCAGCAAUUCAGCUUCAGUGGUUGGAAUACAAUGUUCCAUCUGUGUGUGUGUAUGGUGCCACUAUAGGGUCAAGUGACCACACUGGCUGUGCCCUGUCACCAUAACCCCCUCCCCCCCAUUGUUUGGCAUUGAUUUUUUUUUUUUUAAUGCAGAUGCACAGACAUCGGGGGACUACUGAGUUAUGACCCCAUAAGUGGCAUGCACCUAAAUGUUGUAUCCUUAAAAUACUACCAAAGGAAUUAUGUAGUUACACACUGGUUUGCAGAAACUACAUCUUAAAUAAGCUUUUUUGUGUGUGUACGUUUAUUUCCUGUCUAUAACCGGGGCAAGCAGACUCACACGUCGUUCUAUUUAAGGUGAACGAAUCCGAUAAUAUUUGUAUCGCAGCGUAUUCGCACGUCAUUGCCACCUAUUUAUAAUUGCGUAGUGCAAUACCCACGUAGAGAUGGCGAAGCCACGGAACGGGUUUUGCUUAAACUCUCUAAGCAGGGAACUUGUAUAUUAUCUGAGAAGUUCUAAUAGUGAAUUGACCUGCAGUGUACAAAGUGAGAAUGACUUUUCCAUGAAUCCCUAAGGGCAUUGGCAAUACUUUAUGUUGCAGGUAUUGUUUUUGUAUUUGGCUUAUUUUGUUUCUUCUGAGCUUUGUAAAUACUUUUAUGAUGUGCAUCCUUGGAAUGGCACUUUGUAAUUAUUCCAAUGUGUCUGCUGUUUCCAAAUGUUUAUAUAUAAAUAUAUACAUAUGUAUAUACGGUGCUCAGUUAUGACUGGCUGUGUGGACAGUUAACGCUGCAUAUAGAUGUAUAAUAAUAGCCUUAUUAGACGUGUAUGACUGAUACUGGGUGUACAGAUAUUGAUCUGUUUUUGUCCAUAAGUGAAUGAUGGUGCAUGUGAUGUCUGUCAACUUGUCCAGUAAAUAAGGGAUGUACAGUCUCGGCAUUUAGCUGACUGAGGAUGCUGGGAAUUGUAGUACAGCAACAGAGGGAGGACUUUAGCUUGGACAUCCCGACCCUAAAUGGAAGGGUAAGACAAACCACUACAUUAUAAUAUUGGACCAAACAAUAAUUGUGCUCUAAUCCUUUCUUGUACCCACAUUUCCUGUCCUGAGAAGUUGCUUCUAUAGUUACAUUUAGUGUACAAAAAUGAAUAUUGUGAAAAUCAAAAGUCUUGUAUUUUUCUGUAUGAUAUGAUGUAACUGGCAACAUUAUGUAGCUGAAGAUCGUAUAUAGAUGUAAGGAUAGGAAAUUCUAACCGUGUACCUAAAAUCUUCUGUGUGUACGGAGGUCAAUACAGUAGAAUCAAAAAUUCAGAUCUUGCAAAUGUGUUAUAUGGAACCCUUAUUAACUGAAAAAUGCAAAUAAAGCUGUGGAAAGAAAGGAAAUUCUUA